UAUCUAAUAUUAAUAAUGGGGUUUUUUCAGAUGAAUUUGAUGAUGUUUGACUGAAGUUGUCUAGUAAUUAAAUGGCUUCAAAGCGGCCUGCGAGUGCAGUGUCAUCGGAAGGCUCUAGUGGACACCACGAGUCUUCUUCAGUAGUGGUGAAGAAAGAAGAGGCGGAUGAUGGACCCCCGAGCAACAAGAAAACGGCAGUGAUUCCGCCCGUCUCUAUCGGUCGCGUGGGUACAUCGGAGGAAAUGGACACUAGAGUUCUGGUGUUCCAGAAUCGAAAGUUAGCCCAGCAGCUGGAGGCCCAAAAGGACAAAGAGGAUGAGCUUCAGAAGAGAAUCAAUGACAUGGAGCAGGUGCAGGCACUCAAUGACGACACCCUAUCUACUGUGAACAAGUAUUGGAUACAGUUGGAUGAGAAUUUGAAGCUAUUGGUGGGUCGUCUGAAAACAGAGGAUAGGUACAAGGAGUUCCUGGUGGACCUCAACCUGGGGUUCGAACCCCUCCCCAACAGUGUCAAGUGGGAGAACUCCAACUCAUCCUUCGCAGACGCCAAUCUAGCCCAGGACCAUGACGAAGAGAGCAACAGCGAAUCAAUAUCGGCUGCGUCCAAUUCCAAAAAAGGUCAUAGCGAGUCGUUUUUGCGACACCUGAAAACGAGUGAGAAGACGGAGCUGGAUGAGGGCUUGUCCUCUCGUGUCAACUUCACCUCGAAGAUCAUGCACAAGCUAGUCUACUCCAUAGAGACUGAACGAACACUUGUGAACGAAUUCUUCAACAAACUGAAAGAUGUGCUGUCGGAUGAGAUCCAGUGGGCGGAUGAGGCGAGCACGGAGGGAGUGAUGACGUCAUUCAAGGAGUAUGUGCUAUAUGUGGUAGAUGCCAAUGACUCACUCACUCAACAACUCAACUCACUCCACCAGAAGUUCGACACUGCCAGUUUACAGAUGUUGGGCACCCGUGACAAACUUCUCAGAUGCCAAGAAGAAAACGAAGACCUGAAAGAGAAGAUCGAGGAUCUAGAGCACGACUUGACUCACUCCCGAGCGAAGUCGGACAAGUUCGAACGACUGCUGGUGGAUGCUCUGCAGAAUGGAGGCAAGCCACAGUGUAGAGUAGUCGAUCCAGAUAAUGCUGGCUCUGGAAAACUGGGCACGCCUUCCACUCCCGGAGCACCUAAGGUGUCUGGUAGCGAAGAAGACGUGUAUGGAGAAGACUACCUGAAGUGCACUCUGCAUAGAAAAGAAGAGACAAUCGAAGCCUACAGCACUGAGAUUGCGAACCUCAAAAAAGCCCUGGAGGAAGCCACCUUAGACUUCAAGAAUCUGCCGGAAGACCGAAUCACGACCAGCUGUGAGUACAAGGUGCUGCAGAGCAAGUUCAGUGUGAUCUUCAACGAGAACCAGCAGCUGAAGUACCAACUGGACGAAAUGCGCAAUCUGCUUCAGGGCACUAAGACCAACCACCGCAAACACAUCGAACAGAUGGAGAAAGACGAGUUGUCAUGUCAGAAGAAACUGCGCAAUGAAGUGAUUCAACUGGAGGACACUUUAGCCCAAGUGAGGAAAGAGUACGAAAUGUUGAGGAAUGAGUUUGAGCAGAACAUGGCCCAGAACGACCAGACACUUCCGAUCAACAAAGAGAUCACCCAGAUCACAAAGACACUUAUGAGCAACAAUUCACACCUCAAAGCGGAACUCAGUCGACAUAAGAGAAAACUCAAAGACGCUCAGUGCGAAAUACUCAAGCUGAAACAACAACUAGUUGGAGCAGCUGAGACGGCAGUUAAAUCAGCAGCUGACAACUCAUCAUCGGCAUCUUCUGCAACUGAAAAGUCGCCGCAUGACUCAUCGUCAGUCGUCGAAGAAGGAGAACACAUGCAGUCACCGAACACUGCCCACCCUAGUGGGAUGACAACAGGCACAUCAGGGGGGUCUAAUUCGUCUCCUAAGUCCAGCACGGGAAGCGGAGGGGGCAGUGAUCACGAUUCGAAGGAGUCGAGUAUGCUGAAGGAACUGAAAGCACAGCUCAAAAAGAGUCAGGAGAACUGCAGAGAGUACAAGAUAAUGUUGGAGGCGUACAAGGGGGCCUCGAAGGAACAGAGAGACAAGGUGCAGCUGAUGUCCUCGGAGAGGAAGACUCGCCUGGAGAUGGAGGAUCUGAAGGGACAGCUGGCAUCUGCGCAGGAUCAGCUGGCCUGUUUGUCCUCCAGAGAGGCGCCCACACCAGAGAGGAAGUUGGCCAAGAGUCACGAGACUCUGAUUGAGGAGUACAAGAAACAGCUGGCGUCCACCAAACAGGAAGAGGAGGCGUUGCUGAAAGAGAUGGAGGUUACAGGGAGGGCUUUUGAGGACAUGCAGGAGCAGAACAAGCGACUCAUCGACCAGCUGAAGGAGAAAGACAACGCCAACUUCAAACUCAUGGCAGAGAGGAUCAAAGCCAACCAGAUCCAGCGACUCCUCCAGGAGGAAAAGGAAGUGCUAGGCGAACAGGUGAUGACUCUGCAGCAGCAGGUGACCAGUCAGGUGCAGGUGGUGAGGAGGUUAGAGGACAAGGAGAUGCAUCUGAUGAACAGCUACCACUCUCUCGAGAAGGAGGUCCAUUUGAGGACCCAAAUGUCAGAGACACUCAAGAAAAAGGCGACUGAGGGUGCACAGACUAGUUUCGAACAGGGUCUUCAGAUUGAGAAGAUCAGCGGCUGCUACGAGGAUGCCAAAAAAGCCCUGGCUGAGAAAGUGGAGGAGCAACAGGAGGUAGAGCUGGCCUUGAAGCGAAAAGAAGACGAAAUAGACCGACUGAGGCGGAAGUUGGAAAGGCAGAAGAGAAGUAACGUAAUGGCACAGGCGGACGAAGUUUUAAGAGAGGAAAUCCGAAUGUACAAAUCCCAAUUGACGUGUCCAUGCUGCAACGUGAAACAGAUAGACACUCUGCUGACUAAGUGCUAUCACGUGUUCUGCAAUGCCUGCAUUAAGAGGAGAUAUGACACCCGGCAGAGAAAGUGUCCCAAGUGCAGUCACGCAUUCGGAGCCAACGACUUCCACAGAAUAUACAUAUGAUGAUCGGAACAUAAAUUAGGAAGGGGGACUGUUCUCAUACCACAAUUGCCAAAGGCGUGAAAAUUUCUAAUCAAUUUUUAUGCUUUAAGCAAAUCAAACUCGAUUGUUUUCUCCGCUUUUCAAACUCUGAUUGGCUAACCGAGUUAUGAUUGGUUAACAUAAAUUUCGACCAAUCGUCCCUUGUGAUAUGAGGACCCCCUCAUUUAGAAAUACUGUUGAGAACAAAUGAUCCGUCUGAACGUAAUUUACAACUCAUGAAGUGGAAACGAUAAAACUAAAUUUUCAUGUUGCGAAGUAUUCACUAUUGUAAUUUAUCUGUAUUUGAUCUCAUAAAUUCUUUAAAAUUCAAUUUAUCGAGCAAAACGCAUCUUG